AGAGAGAGAGAGAGAUACACACACAUCGUCCUGCAGCCUAAACAAAUUAGGUUUUUUUUUUUUGUCCAAGCCCUAUGUUCUGCUUUUCCAUUGGUUCCUUGCUGUAACUUGCCACUCUCUGUGGUGAAGUGCCGACUUCACCUCCUCUCGUCCCUGAGGAAAGAUUUGUUUAAGAACAGUCUGUCUAAGCCAACAGGAGUCAUCAGCAGUAACACCAGACAAGCAGGACGGAAGCUUACUUGCUAUAGACUUGUUUAAUGUGGGAGGAACCCACAGUUUUAGAGCAAAGCCUAAUUGGCUAUUUGCAUGAUGUGUAUCAGAUGAAACUCAGACUGCUCUCCUGCAAGGAGGACUUCAGCUCCUGACGAUCAAACUUUUGAUCCAUGUGUGUGAGUGUGUGUUAAUGUUGCUCCAGCGUGACCACCGGUGAAUGUGCACUCAAAAGUGCAUUAGUUGUUAGCUGAGUCGUUGGGCAUCAGGUCGGCUGGCAAAGGGGCCACAGCAGAAGAAAACACUUUGCUUUUUGCCUCAAUGGAGGGACAAAGUUUUGAGCGGUACACCGAUGGAGAACAUGACAGCUACCAAAUCGACUACCGACGCAUCGUAGGAGACACUGAGCCGGCCAGGCCAUGGCUUUCCCUAAAAGAUUCAGAACACCACUUACAUGGGCCGUUCAUCCACAACACAUCACAUGGCCAUGGGCAUGGGCAUGAGACAGCGGCCCAGCGCUACAGCGCCACCCGCAUCCAGGCUGGGUACGAGCCAGAGAGCAUGGCUGAUUAUCUGAUCAGUGGAGGGACUGGUUAUGUACCAGAAGACGGACUCACUGCCCAGCAGCUCUUUUCUAUAGGAGACGGCCUUACGUACAAUGAUUUCCUCAUCCUGCCCGGUUUCAUCGACUUCACAUCAGACGAAGUGGACCUGACCUCGGCCCUGACCCGCAAGAUAACGCUGAAGACACCACUUAUUUCAUCUCCCAUGGACACUGUGACUGAGUCGUCCAUGGCCAUCGCUAUGGCUCUCAUGGGUGGAAUCGGCAUCAUCCAUCACAACUGCACACCGGAGUUCCAAGCGAAUGAAGUUCGGAAAGUCAAGAAAUUCGAGCAGGGCUUUAUCACGGAUCCGGUAGUGAUGAGCCCUCGCCACACGGUCGGCGAUGUGUUUGAGGCUAAGGUGCGGCACGGCUUCUCCGGCAUUCCUGUAACCGAAACUGGUAAAAUGGGCAGCAAGCUGGUGGGAAUCGUCACAUCACGGGAUAUUGAUUUUCUGUCUGAGAAAGACUACGACAGACCAUUGGAGGAGGCGAUGACUAAAAGAGACGAUUUAGUGGUUGCACCAGCAGGAGUCACUCUGAAAGAGGCCAAUGACAUACUGCAGCGCAGCAAGAAAGGUAAACUGCCCAUAGUGAAUGACAGUGAUCAACUGGUGGCCAUAAUUGCUCGUACUGACCUGAAGAAGAACAGAGAGUACCCUCUGGCCUCUAAAGACUCGCGUAAACAGUUGCUCUGUGGUGCUGCUAUCGGCACUCGCGAGGACGACAAAUACAGGCUGGACCUGCUCGUUCAGGCUGGAGUGGACGUAGUGGUGCUGGACUCAUCUCAGGGAAACUCCGUGUUUCAGAUCAGCAUGAUCAACUACAUUAAACAGAAGUGCCCUGAGCUACAGGUGGUGGGAGGAAAUGUUGUGACAGCUGCACAGGCAAAGAAUCUGAUCGAUGCAGGUGUGGAUGCUCUCAGAGUGGGCAUGGGUUGUGGAUCCAUCUGCAUCACACAGGAAGUGAUGGCGUGCGGCCGACCCCAAGGCACCUCUGUGUAUAAAGUGGCAGAGUACGCCCGCCGCUUCGGAGUGCCAGUAAUCGCAGACGGUGGCAUUCAGACUGUUGGACAUGUGGUGAAGGCUCUUGCUUUGGGAGCAUCCACAGUGAUGAUGGGCUCCUUGCUUGCGGCAACCACAGAAGCUCCUGGUGAGUAUUUUUUCUCUGAUGGCGUAAGACUGAAGAAGUACCGUGGUAUGGGCUCUCUGGAUGCCAUGGAGAAAAACAGCAGCAGCCAAAAACGCUAUUUCAGUGAAGGUGAUAAGGUGAAGGUAGCUCAGGGAGUAUCAGGCUCGGUUCAAGAUAAAGGCUCCAUCCAUAAAUUUGUGCCAUACCUCAUUGCUGGAAUCCAGCAUGGCUGCCAAGAUAUUGGUGCAAAGAGCCUGUCCAUCCUACGCUCUAUGAUGUACUCUGGAGAGCUGAAGUUCGAGAAGAGAACCAUGUCUGCUCAGGUGGAGGGUGGCGUUCAUGGCCUGCACUCAUAUUCUUUUGUGCCAUGCCGCAACAAAGCGAGUUGUGAGAGGCUCCUUGCUAAACACAUAAACAAAGUUACGAGAAGCGGUUAUACUGAGGGUGGCAGCAGAAGCCAUACGACCCUAGCUGUGACCAAACACAACUGAUUCAUCCGAACUCUCCUACAUUCCUUCACUCCUUCCUUCCUUCCUCCCGGGCAUCCUCCUCUGACGAAACAAUGGUGUGUUUUUCCCGACCAGGUGUGCUCAGCAGCAGACCUGCAGGUAUCCUGCGCUCUACCUUCGCAACACAGACAUGGACAUUGCUGUGCACUUUUGUCUUUUUUUUUUUUUUUUUUUUUUUUUCUUUUCAUUUUCUCCUCAUAUGACAAUCUGUGUAAAUCCUACAGUAUUGUACUGAAGUACUUUGUCUUCACAGGAUAGUUUAACUUCUACUGCUUUUCAACUUGUGGUCCGUGUAACCAAAAUUCUGUCUUCUCUGUGGGCCUACUAGCAAUAAGCUUUAAUAUUGUGUAUCUGGCUGGUCACUGAAAGAGUAGUUGGCAGAAUGGCAUGUAAAAGAUAAUGAAGUUUGUAUAUGAAGCCUAAAGUACACGUUUCACAAACUUGAUUCAAUCUGCUUUUUAGGUUCUUAAGAUAGCAGGCUUAGACUAUGGAACCAAAAGCUAAGGGAUAGCCUUAAGUUCAAAUCCGAGCUCUUUUCCACCUGCACGCCUUACAAAUGAAAGCGAAGUCUAGAAUUACCCUGAGACGCCAGUGAUGAUCUAAGGCUGGGAAAUUUAAGUCUUUUGAAUUCAACACACCUACUUUUUGGCCCGAUGCAAGAUGACAUACGGGGACAACAGUACGAUAACGAUUUUCAGUGGUUGCACUAAUGCUAGCGCUGCCAUGGAACGGAAACUCUAAAGCGCUAAAACUUUCCAGCGUAGGCGGAUUUGGUCCGAGUAGAGCAACACUUGUCAUCCGUGUGUUCAAAUUUUGUGAUAUAAUGCUACAUCACUGCACAGUUUCUCUUUUGAAUAAUAAUGUCAGAAAAAAAGUUAAUUGUGUACACUUUCCACUAUAUGAGUGUAAUACCAAAAUGUGAUCGUGUGUAUGCUAUACAAUGAAUAUUAGACUUAAUUCAUUCCCAGGAAAAAAAAAAAAAAGUUUGACUGUCUCACUUCCAUUUGUGUGGAUGUGUGUUGUCUCUUGUUUGUUUGUUUUUUUUUUUUUUUCUUUUUUCAAUGCCCGAGUCAUUGUUCGAAUUUAGAGUGUAUAAAAUAGGUUUACUUAACAACAGGUCCUCUUAUUUUGUCUGCGAUUGCUGGCAAGUCAGGCAGUUCCCCAAAUUUGUACAGAGUCUUUUAGAGAAAAGAAAAUCUGUUCAAAGAAAUCUAUUUUAUUAUAGUCCUUUAUUAUGUUUAAUGUUACUAUCUUAUUUUUUUGACAAUAUUCUUCUGUAAAACUGCUCAAUACAGCGAGAACCUAAAGAUCUCGCGUAGAACAAAAUGGGUGACUACAGGACUACGGUUUAUCUGAAAACAGAGUGACGUCAAAGCAUCUCAAACAGUUAAACGUUUGUGCUACAGCAGUGCAAAGCACAAUUAGAGCUACAAAACGGUGCAGUUUUUGGGGUGUAUGACCUCUAAGCAGAGUUAAUGGAUAAUGGCUUUGACAGGCUUUUGCUGCUCAUGUAUUACUGUUGUACAGAAGUACCACCCAAAGCUGUGCACUCAGCCAUGAUGUGCAAAAGGGUCACAUUAAUAAAGAUGGCUAUAAUCCAA